AUGACUAAGAUUUCUAACUUUCCUCCGAUUUCCUCCACGCGACUCCGAGUGACCGUGGAUGUCUGUGGCCAUUCGGGUCUGUUGAAUCUACACGAAGCAUGUAUUCGAGACUCCUGGGCAGCAGUCAUACCAGCAGCCUUCGUCCUCUCUAUCUGUCUCCUCUCACUUGCAAAUAUCCCGUCGUUAUCUGUCACAAGACUUUACAAGACCGUCAGAUACCCGUUUCGACCGUUUUUGACGUUAACAGACGCCCAAGCGUUGGACACUGAGGGAGAUGAAGCAGGAUAUGAAGAGGAUGGACGCAUUGGCGAAGUAGGACAAGCAGGAACGACGGCAACAGCAGCAAGGGAAUUUCCUGUUUGGAAAACAGUUGUUUUGGUGUUUAUCGGGUUACUGGAGGGUAUCUGUUGGACUAUCGCUGGAUCCUAUAUCCUCAUUUCCGGCGAAACGAGCUCCAACGCGAACGCUGCCUGGAACGGAAUCCGAGCAUUCCUCGUCGCCUUUACAUGUACCUAUACAGUCAUACGCCCCAUCCAACGUCCAACCGCGACUGCGCCUUUCGAUCUGUUCAUGAUAUACAUGUUACAGUUAAUGUCGGGUGUUGUCCAAUUCGGAGGAAUCCUCUACGCUCACACCGUACUCGACAUACCAGCCUCGAGCAUGACGGUCUUUGCGCACACCUUGAAUCUAUUCGGGAUACUGGUCCUUCUGAGCCUCGUUCUCAGCAUGCCAUUAGCUCUCCCAAGCAGAAGAGUCAAACCGUCCGAAAUCGGCCAGUCAAUCUCACCAGAAGAUUACAUAACCCUCUGGGGUUGGAUAUCGUUCAGUUGGAUAUAUCCCCUCGUUCGCCGCGGGAAAAGCUCUACACUCAAUGAAGAAGACGUCUGGAAUCUCAGUCCUACAUUUCAAUCUCGACCCCUUUUCAUCAAAUUCAGUAAUACCCACCGCACCACGCUUCUGAGGAGGCUCUGGGCCGCAAACUCGUUGGAUUUGAUUCUAUAUGGGGUGCUUACUAUAACGAGCAGUUGCUUGAGUUUCAUGAAUCCGUUCUUCUUGAACCAUAUUCUGUCUUCAAUCGAAAAACAUGGAGCUGAUGUCACUCCCGCCGACCGAUCUAACGCAUACAUUUACGCUUGUCUCAUGUUUCUGACAUCGUUAGCGAAGGCUGAAUCAGACGUCCAACACCUUUGGUUCGGACGAAGAGCUGCUACGCGCAUCCGUUCCGAGUUGAUGGCUUCCAUCUAUGACAAAGCGUUGAAGAGGAAAGAAGUUGCAGGCGCUGGCGAGUCGCAUGACAAGAAGCAAGAAGACAAGGAUAAGGGGAAGAAUAAGGAUAAGAGUAGGAAUAAAAAAACGAAGGCGAAAGAAGAAGAUAACGAGCCAAAAGCGGGUGCAGACGUGGGGAAGGUUGUCAAUUUGAUGGCGGGGGAUGCGACUGUGGUAAACGGUGCUUGUACAGGGUUAUACCUCAUCUACGGUUGCCCGUUUGAAAUCAUCUUGGGUUGCGCGUAUAUUUAUCAACUCCUAGGAUGGUCUGCAUUCGCAGGAUUUGCAGUUCUCCUCGCGGGUUGGCCGUUGAAUACGUUAUUGGCGAAACGGAGUAUCAGGAUUCAAAAGGGUACGAUGGCGGCUAGAGACAAGAGAAUGGGAGUGUUAAAUGAACUUAUUGGAGCGGUCAAAUUUAUCAAAUUCUUCGCAUGGGAAGAUCGCUGGAUUGAUCGCGCUAUGGGAGCGAGGGAAAAGGAGAUGAAAUGGAUGAUUAAAGCCCGUAUCAACUGGAUCAUGUUUUAUCUCCUAGGGAUGAGCGCGCCUAUCCUCAUUUCGAUAGUUUCUUUUGCUACAUUCGUUGCUCAAGGGAAUGAGUUGAGGGUUAGUACGGCGUUUACGGCUAUAGCUCUCUUUGACAAAGUUGCACUCGACCGUAUCGCAGUGUUCCUCGCAGAAGAUGAAGUAGAUGAACAAGUUUCGUCUCUCAAGGGCCUCCACUCGAGGGAAGAAGAUCAUUCUCACCAGCAUCCUUUCCUCUCUGGAGACUCGGAAGGCGGUUUGGGUUUGGAAGGUGCUACACUCAAAUGGAACGAAAUUGAGAAGAAGGAGCCGCCCAAGACUAACGACGAUGCAUCUCAAAAACUUCGCACUUCAUGGUUUUCAAGCGUGAGGUCGAAGAUGAGGAAGAUCAAGGGUACCAUCUCCAGGGAUAGUACCACCGCGGAUGACAACAACGACACUACUGUCGCUUCAGCCUCGGAGACUGGAACGGUUCAUUCCGUUCGUUCGGAUGAUGCCUCGCAGGAACGUAGAUUCGAGUUGAAGGAUAUUUCGGUUUUUUUCCCAGAGGGAGAGUUGUCGGUCGUUACUGGACCUACUGCGAGCGGAAAAACUGCACUUCUCAUGGCAGUCUUGGGUGAAAUGACGCUGCUUAACGGUCGAGUCAUCCUUCACAAAGAUCGGAGAAGGGUAGAUGAACAUGGGUACACACGUACGAUUUCAUACGCUGCCCAGAGUCCGUGGUUGAGGCAUCAAACGAUAAAGGAGAACAUUCUUUUUGGAUAUCCGUAUGAUGACAAGAGGUACAACGAGGUGGUGGAGGCUUGUGCGCUCAAUCCUGACUUUGAGAUUUUGGAGGAUGGGGACGAGACGGAGAUUGGGGCUAGAGGUGUCUCGUUGAGCGGUGGACAGAAGGCGAGGGUUGCCCUGGCGCGGGCUGUUUAUGCCAGAACGAAGUACGUGCUCCUGGAUGAUCCACUUAGCGCUGUGGAUAGUCACACGUCUCGCUACCUCUACGAGAAUCUCUUAUGCGGACCUCUUCUCCGUAAUAGGACUGUGGUACUCGUAACACACCACGUCGACCUUGUCCUUCCUGGAGCACACUACCUCAUUCGCAUGCUCGACGGUCGUAUUGAUACUCAAGGCACAAUCAAAGACCUCCGUUCACAAGGAUUAUUAGAAGGUAUCGCUUCCGAAGCUGGAAUCGAAGCCCAUCGUGAACAAGUGGCCGUCGCGGAGGAGGAAGGGAAAGCAAAAGCUACGCCGGAACCUGAGGUACCGGGAGACGCUGGGGAGCAAAAGAAACCGAGGAAGCUUGUGAAAGAUGAACAUCGCGAAACGGGGAGUGUGAAGUGGAGGAUAUACAAGAAGUAUUUGGAGGCUUCGUCAUAUUAUAUUUGGGUUAUCUUGGCAGUGUUCGUCGUUAUGAACCAGUUUUUGGGCGUUGCAGAGAAACUUUGGAUGAUACAAUGGGGAGAGGCAUAUGGGAAUGACGACACGUCUUUCCGCUCCCACCCCUUCUCAGCUUUCCGUAGCACUGGAGGUAUCUCCGACCACGAAUACGUUGCGGACAGUUACGUGUAUUCGCAACACCACCAGACCCCUCUCUAUACGUAUGCUUCCAACCGUACCGGAGGCAGUCGCCCUCUGUUUGGCGUAAACUUGCCAAACGCAUAUGAACAUCCACUGUUCUAUGUCGGGAUUUACGCAGCCAUCGGUCUCGUGGACGUGACGGUCAACCUUUGUUCUGUCAUUGCGCAGUAUACCGGGGCGUUGAGGGCUUCUAGGGCAUUGUUUAAACAACUGUUGGAAAGAGUAGUCAGAGCAACGUUCCGUUUCCACGAUACUACCCCUCAAGGGCGUAUGUUGAAUCGUUUUGGCAAGGACAUUGAAACGAUCGACUCGUCUUUAGCUGGUUCCCUUCAGGCCGUCAACUCGUCUUUGGCGAGUUUCUUUGCGUCUGUCAUUACCAUCACUGUCUUCUUUCCUCUAUUCCUUCUCCCAGCUACCGCUAUUGGUUUCGUUUACCGGGAACUCGGAAUCGGCUACCUCAACACAGGCCGUGACCUGCGACGGAUGGAAUCCAACUCCCGGUCGCCUAUCUUCUCGCACUUUGGUGAAUUACUCGAGGGAAUCGUGACUGUUCGAGCCUUCUCCGCUGAACGUCAGUUCUUGGACAAUCUCCAUAAGAAGAUUGACCAUACCACCAAGAUGUGGUACGGAUUUUGGAUGACGAAUCGUUGGUUGCUUCUCAACUUUGAUUGUAUUGGAUGUUUGGGCGUAUUCAUCACCGCACUGUUCUCGAUUUCCAGAACAGACCCUGGUAUUGCAGGUCUCUGUAUCUCCAGCGCGCUCAGUUUUACGGGAUCAGUUUAUUGGGCAUGUCGAUUCUGGACGAACUUGGAGUUGGAUCUCAACUCGGUAGGAAGAGUCGUAGAAUACCUUGAAGUUCCACAAGAGCCUCCAGCGAUCAUUGAAUCCAACCGUCCUCCUGCAUAUUGGCCAUCCUCGAGUGCAAAUAACGACACACUUAUCCGGGUCGAGAAUGUAACUGUCAAGUAUGCUCCGGAGCUUCCGGAAGUACUGCAAGACGUAUCGUUCACGCUUAAAGCUGGAGAGCGGGUUGGAUUACUUGGCAGGACGGGGAGUGGAAAGUCGACGUUGGCUAUGAGCGUUUUACGGUUUGUUGACCCAUCGAGUGGCCGGAUUCUUAUCGAUGGAAUUGACAUCUCGACAAUCGGAACCUAUGAUCUGCGAUCUAGGCUGACAUUCAUUCCACAAGAUGCCACCCUCUUCUCUGGUACCCUCCGGGACAACCUAGAUCCCUUUCAUGAACACACGGAUGAAGAGUGUCUCGAUGCGCUCUACAGAGCUCAAAUUAUCCACCCAAACAAUGAUGGAGGAUCUCGAAGAUCUUCCCGGGCACCCUCUACCGUCGCCUCGGGCACCGCUUCACCCGCAACUUCCCGACCCCCUUCUGUGCAGGAUAACCGGGAAGAGGAUAUGAUUCGUACCAUCGCAUCAGAUUCAGAUUCGUACUCGACUACCACUACUGACGUGGAAACUCGAACGAGCACGAUCACCUUAUCCACUGAAAUCACAAGCGGAGGAACCAAUUUCUCCCAGGGUCAAAGACAAUUACUAUCUCUGGCAAGAGCAUUACUGAGGAGGAGCUCUGUUAUCGUAUUGGACGAGGCUACAAGUAGUAUUGAUUUCGCCACCGAUGAAAAGAUUCAAAAGGCAAUCAGGGAGGAGUUUGGGCAGUCGUUGUUGUUGACAGUUGCCCAUCACCUACGAACGGUGAUUGAUUACGAUCGACUGAUUGUUUUGGACAAGGGCCGGAUAGUAGAGUUUGAUACACCGUUGAGCUUGAUACGGAAGGAGGAUGGGAUAUUUAGGAGUAUGUGCCUGAAGAGCGGUAAGCUGGCGGAGUUGGAGGCCGCCGCCGUCGUCGCGAAAGCAGAACGUGAUAGUCUUAGAGUUGGUCAGUAG